GCAAUGGUUAAUUGGGAUCCGGUGGACCAGACUGUUCUUGCUAAUGAACAGGUGGAUGAAAAUGGCUGUUCAUGGCGUUCAGGAGCAAAAGUGCAAAAGAAGUACCUCAAGCAGUGGUUCAUUAAACCAUCUGCCUAUGCAAAGUCCAUGCUUGAUGGUUUGUCAGAUCUCCCUAAGUGGUAUGGAAUAAAAGAAAUGCAAGCCAAUUGGCUAGGAGACUGCACUGGAUGCUACUUUGAGUUUAUUUUGAAGGUUAAUAACAAAUCAACAGGAGAGAAAAUAGCAGCCUUUGCAUAUGUACCUGAAGCCAUUUAUGGUAUGUCUUAUUUACAUAUCUUACCUGACCACAGACUGUUACAUGGAAAUAGCAGUCUAAAGGAAGCCUUCCAGAAGGAUUUGAUACCAGGCAAAGAGUCUCUUACUUCAGUGACAGCUAUGAACCUGCUUACCAAUCAGGAGAUCCCUGUAGUCAUAUCAGCAAAAUCAGAGUUUGAAGGCUACCUUGAUGCUAAAAUAGGAAUCCCUUGCACUGAAGCAGAUGAUGCUAAAGUUGCUAGGAGUUUGGGCCUGUCAUUUGAAGAAGUUAUUGAAACUCUGUCAGAUGGCUCACAGAGACUGAUCCACUCUGGAGAGUUCACAGGUAUGAGUAGACAACAAGCGUUAAAUGCAAUCACUGAGCAAGCCAAAAAUAAAGGAGUAGGAGUAUACCUAACAAGUAAUAAAUUGAAAGAUUGGCUGAUCUCCCGACAACGUUAUUGGGGAACACCUAUUCCAGUUAUUCAUUGCCAGUCCUGUGGUCCUGUGCCUGUGCCGUAUGAGGAUUUACCUGUACAGUUGCCAAAUAUUGCAUCCUUUACAGGCAAGGGUGGCUCACCAUUAGCUUCAAUUUCAGAUUGGGUCAACUGCUGUUGUCCAAAAUGCAAGAAACCUUCAAGGAGAGAAACAGAUACCAUGGAUACAUUUGUUGAUUCAGCUUGGUAUUAUUUAAGAUAUACUGAUCCCCAUAACACUGAGAGAGCAUUUGACAAAGACUUGGCAGAUCAUUGGAUGCCUGUGGAUCUGUACAUUGGAGGAAAGGAACAUGCAGUGAUGCAUUUGUACUACGCCAGGUUCAUUAAUCAUUUUUGCCAUGAUCAGAAGAUGACUAAGCAUAGAGAGCCUUUUCACAAGCUCUUAGUUCAAGGCCUUAUCAAGAAUCGAACAUUCAGACUAACAACAACUGGUAAAUAUUUGAAGAGAGGAGAAGUUGACCUUACUGGUCCUGAACCUGUUCAUAUUAAAACCAAAGAAAAUCUGCAGAUGAUGUGGGAAAAAAUGAGUAAAUCUAAGCACAAUGGCAUAGAGCCUGAAGAAAUGGUCCAGCAAUACGGAAUUGACACAGUCCGACUCUACAUCCUAUUUGCUGCACCUCCGGAGCAAGACAUUUUGUGGGAUGUGAAAACUGAUGCAAUCCCUGGGGUGCAAAGAUGGCAAUCUCGCCUCUGGCACUUAGCAACCAAACUUAUUGAAGCCAGGAAUUCUGGAACGUUGCCCAGUCCUCAGCUGAUGAAUCAGAAAGAGAAAGAUGAAGCCAAACGUAUUUGGAAGCAAAAGAAUCAUGCUGUCUCACAGGUGACUGAAUACUUCUUGGAAGAUUAUUUGUUUAAUGCUGCAAUUUCUCAACUGAUGAGUCUCAGUAAUGCAUUGUCACAAGCGUCUCAAAGAGUUAUUCUCCAUAGUGCAGAAUAUGAGGAUGCCCUCGCAACACUCUGUGUUAUGCUUGCACCAAUGGCACCACACAUCAGUUCUGAGAUCUGGAAAGCGGAGCGGAGGCGGCAGCUGGACGAGUUCCUGGCCCAGAAAGGGAGGCCCAGGCCGGCGGGUGGCAGGCCCUACUUGAAGGACAGGACCAAUGGGCAGGCCUUGGCUCCCUCCAGACCGGACUCGGUGGCCAGGACGAAGCACAGGGAAGCCGCCCCAAGCAAACCCAAGGCGGCCCCCGUCAAGAAAGCGGUGCCCGGAGCGCCCCACCGCCCUGCGACAAAGGAGCCCCCAGCGGCUGGGUCCCGCUUUCCCCGGGAGCCCCCCUCCCAAACCCACCCUGAGAAGCCACUCAGGAAUGACCACAACAAAGGAAAACAGAAGGCAGAGGAUGGGAAAGAGAAUGCCGUUGUUGGAGUGACCGCAGUCCGACCGACUCAAAAGAGGGCUGUUUCCAGACCGGCGUUUGGAAGCCAUGCAUCCAAGCAAUCUGUACAUUUGGGGAGUAAGGGGACAUUCUCCCUGAACUCAGCAAAUCCUAAAAAGAAGCACCAAACUCCCCCGCCAGGCAAGAAGCCCUCCGCCCAUCCAAGGAGCCAUUCGGCUGCACCCAAAAGCGGAGCCGAGAGGAAGCAAGGCAACUUCAGGCAACAGCCGAGGACCCCCAAUGCAAAGCCUAGACCCCGGACCUCUGCCGUCCACACAGCUCCUGCCUCUGGGGGGCUCCGAAAUGGCAGGAGAGAGCCCCCCAAACCCAAGCACCCGGAUGUGGGCCCAGGCCAAGAGCUCAAGACCCCUUCUGCUCCCGACCGGAGGAAGCUGCUGGAGGACUGGGUGGCGUCCCGAGGAAGGACCUACAAGAGGCCCCCCAUGCGCCCCGCUGCCCCGAAGCCUCCGAAGGCAAAGUCCAGCCUGAACCUCGCCUUCUGGGGCUCCUUGGAGGAGGAGGAGGAGAAAGAGGAAGCGGAGAAGGAGGAGCAGCACCUGGCCAACGAGAUCACACACACCUUGGCAGAGUGCCGGAAGCUGGCCGAAGAGGGCCUUCCUGAAGAGCAGAUCCUCGCAGCGCUGACCCGCAUCCCGCAAGUGGAGAGGUUUGCCCAGUUCUGGGUCUGCAAAGCCACGCUAGAGGCGCAGAGGGGCUCCUUGGACGUGGCAGGGCUCUACGAAGCCGCCCUCUCCGCUGGGGCCACGCCGCUGCAGGAGCUGCGAGAUGCUGUCACGGGUAUUUUGAAGAAUGUCAAGGCACCGUCCAGGGGUGAGCGUGCCAUGGGAUCCCUUUGCACGAGAGACCCGGAGCCUGUGAGCCCUUCUGGAGUGUGUUUCCCUUCGACCCCUGCAGCCAGCCCUGUUCCAGAGGAAGAUGUGGACCCUCCCCAGACUCCUCAGCAAAGCCCACCGUGGGCUAAGCCCUGCUCGGCCAUCAAGCUCCAGAUCCUUUCCCUGCCCAGGUCCAGCAAGCGAAGCCCUUGGCCAGAGGUGAGACUCCUGACCCCCGUGCGACGGUCCCUGCGCAUUGAAGGCGCCACCGCUUCCUACCCACAGAUGCUGAGGGACCACGACCCUGUCGUCUCCUCCCUGGAGGAAAUCGUGGCCGCAGACCACGGGAGCCAAUUCCUCUUCCGCAGCAACACAGCUCUGCCCAGAGCGGUGAGAGUGGCCGACUUUGUGACUGGACGGGCCACCUGUGGGCACAAUGCCACCCCGGCCACGACGAAAGCAUCAUUGCCACGUUGAGGAGUGUUCACACCACCUCCUUUCCUCCCAGCCUCCUUCUUUCUCUUUCUUUGUAAACAAGACUGGACCCACAGCAUUGUUCUCUGAAGCCCUUUUGGAAACAUGUCCGUCUUUAUUCUUCAAUCCAUCAAUCAGUGUGGCCAGAAUCCCUGGGUUGCUGUGAGUUUUCCGUGCUGUCUGGCCAUGUUCCAGAAGCAUUGUCUCCCGACGUAUCGCCCACAUCAGCAACCCAAUCAAUCAGCCUUUAUUACAAGGAGGAAAAGUGCACAGCAGAUUCCUAAACUGAUGAGGCCCACUUAAGAACAGGAUGAGUUCAAUGCUAAAUGCAUACAAACAAGGAAAAAACACUGCAAAUCUAUACAAGGCAAGUUUCAGCCUGGGUUUAAUACAGGAAGUUGUCUUAUCCCGGCUACUUCAGAGAGAAACUUUGCAACAACCAGGGCCACAUGGUGGAAACUAUCACUAGUACAAACCUCACAUGAAAUUGGGCUGAUCAAAUCAGGGGGUAUUAUGAAAUUGUGGUGUUACGUUGGCCGUUUACUGCUACAUUUUGUUUCUGCACUUUGUGUAUUUUGCAUGUUGUAUCUUGAGUGCUCUGUGAGCCGCCCUGAAUCCCUCUGGGAGAUGGUGGCAAGGUACAAAUAAAAUAUUAUUAUUAUUA